AUGAGUAACCCCACAUGUGAUCUCUACCCUUGUGGUUAUACAGUCCAAAGAUGGAUUGGCCAUUGUUUUAACGGACUCGGAGAUGUUUUCCUUGCCAGAUGUAAUGAUUCUUCUCGUAUUACCAUCAAAAGAAUUUUAAUUGAUUGUCUAAUCGACCCCUCGCAUGUCAUGGAGGAGGUGAAAAUGCUCAAAUCUCUGCGGCACCAGCAUAUCCUGGAAUUCCAUGCCUCGUUUGUAUAUAGAAAUGAUCUUCUGAUCGCUAGUCCCACAUGUAGUUAUGGAUCUGCUCUGGAUAUCAUAUUAAGCGCUUACCCUUCCGGAAUUCCGGAGAAAGCUAUUGCGAUACUCUUAUCUCAACUAUUGAAAGCUGUUUCAUACUUACACAAUCAAGAUAUUGUACAUAGAUCUAUACGUGCCUCGCAUCUUCUAAUUGAGUCUACUGGUAACGUACGACUAACUGGGUUCCGCUGCUCAUCUCAUCUUCCUAAAAAUACAAGGAGGAAACUAACAGAAUUUGAUAAGAGCUUAGAGGGAUCUCUGCUUUGGUUGGCCCCUGAAGUAUUAGCACAGGAUUUGAACGGAUAUGGGGUCAAAUCAGAUAUAUACAGCAUAGGAAUAACUUUGUGUGAGCUUGCCAAUGGUUUUCCACCUUUCUCUGAUAUGGAGCCUUUGCAGAUGCUCUAUGAAAAAGGAAGAGGAACAGUUCCGAAGUUAUUGGAUUCUAAAACGUUGCCCGAUCUCGAUAAAUCGACACAAGGAACUCGAGAAUUCUCAGAAGCCUUCCAUGAUAUCACCGAGCAAAGUUUAAAAGCCAAUCAGUAUAGUCGUCCAAACGCUGCCUUUUUGCUGCAACACCCAUUCGUGCGUAAGUCAAAGAAAAGCAUCUUGGAUUAUAUUCCGUCAGCCAAAACAUUGGAUGAAGUAGAGAAAUAUACUGAGAAAACACCGACAGACGAUACAUGUUUGGAAGCGCCUGAAUGGUCAUAUGGAAAUAAUUAG